AUGGCUCCCACCGAGUCCAAGAAGCGCCUUGCGCUUGCGAUCAUCGACUUCCUGAGCUCUAGCUUGAAGGAUGGUACACUGACUGCUGAUGAUGCCGAAUCUAUUGAAAUCGCCCAAUCGUGUAUUGCUGAUACCUUCAAGGUUGAUCCCUCCGAUCAGGCCGCUGUGAAGGAUGCCUUGGGUGGUCAGUCGUUGGCCAGCAUCUAUAGUGUGUAUGAGAAGUUGCGCAAGAAGCCCUCAGGUGACUCUGCUGGCUCGGCGUCCCAGGCUAAGGAAGGCGGGAGCCAGAAGCCCCAGGCUGGCGCUCCCACGCCCGAAUCGGACAAGUUGAAGUCGGAGGGAAAUGCGGCCAUGGCACGCAAGGAUUACAACUCCGCCAUCGAUUCGUAUACCAAAGCUUUGACAAUUGCUCCCUCGAACCCUAUCUACCUCUCCAACCGAGCUGCCGCCUACUCUGCUUCUGGACAGCAUGAGAAGGCUGCCGAGGACGCCGAGCUCGCUACGGCCGUGGACCCCAAGUAUUCCAAGGCUUGGAGCCGCUUGGGUCUUGCCCGAUAUGACAUGGCCGAUUACAAGGCCGCUAAGGAAGCCUACGAGAGGGGGAUCGAGGCGGAAGGAAACGGUGGUAGCGAUGCCAUGAAGAGAGGCCUCGAGACCACCAAGAAGAAGAUUGAAGAGGCUAGCCGUGGUGCUGAGCCCCCUGCGGAUGCCGUUGAUGACGCCGCUGGAGCAUCUCGCGGUGCGGGUGGUAUGCCCGACUUUUCCUCGCUGGCUAGCAUGCUUGGUGGUGGUGCUGGACCAGGAGGUGGCGGUAUGCCCGAUCUUGGUUCUCUGAUGAACAAUCCUAUGUUCUCCAGCAUGGCUCAAAAUCUGAUGAGCAACCCCGAUAUGCUCAACAACCUCAUGAACAACCCUCAGUUGAGACAGAUGGCCGAAAACUUUGGCCAAGGCGGUGGAAUGCCCGACAUGUCGAGUCUGAUGAAUGACCCUAAUAUUGCCGAUAUGUAA